AUGUUGUUCCCGGGAGAGACAGCUGGUCCGAGGACGAGGCCGACGCGGCGCCACAGCCGCCGAAGAACCUCGACGGCAAGACGGACCACAUGGGAAUCACGCGGAGGGCGUGCUGGAAGAUGUCGUGCAAAGGCGGUCGGCCCGUGCGGUGCAGUGGAGAUCAAGGAGCCCGAGGAGAAGCCGGGCGGCAAGAAGGUGGAGUGGAUAUACCAGUCUGACGAGGAGUCCGACCGCAAGGACCUGAGCCGCAUGAACACAGCUGCGACCCUAUCUGUCGAGGCCUGGGGCCGCGCCAAGCGCGACGACGUCACGUUCAUCGGGAAGGACGAUUUCUUUAUCAAGGAGGAGCGCGCGCGUGCCCGUCUCGGCCCCCUCCGCCGCCGCAUCGACGGCUACAAGUGCACGCUCGCCGUGAUCCCGCCGCAGCUGCGAUCGGCGCACAGCAGCGGCCCGCCGCCGGAGUGGCUCGCGGCGUCCCGCGCGUCGCGCAGGAGCCGUCGUAUGGCGUCGCGCAACUCCAAGGGCAGCGCAGACGACGGCGACUCGGAACGGUCGCGGUACGGGCGCCCGAAAAGGACGCGCAGCCGGUUCGCUAGCACGAACAUGCGCGGCGCGUCGUUCUCGUCGACUGGGCCGGCGGGGCACAGCAUCCGCGAGGGUGCAGGAGGAGGCCCGCGUGCGAGCUCGCGGUCGCGCGCGGAGAGCGGGCUGGACGAGGCGGAGGUCGUGGUGGACUCGCGCGAGGUGGCGCGGAUGGCGCGGGACUCCCGGAAGGCGGCGCGCGAAAAGGCUACGGAACGGAUGCCAGUGAAAGUGCGGGGAGACUGGGAGGGGUCGACGGCGGCGGAGCUGGCCGGGAGGGAGACGAGGUUCGAGUGCAGCUUGUUCAAGGCGCAGGCGACGCAGGACGGGAUGGACGCGCGCACGCGGCGGGCGGACGUGCUCGUGCGGCCGUCGAACAAGUACAAGCCCACGCUCGGCGGGAUGGCCGCGCUUCUGUGCUCCGUGAUGGUGGCUCCCGCCGACGUGGCAGCAAAGGUGGAGCCGCCGUUUCCGGACGUGCGCCAGGUGGAGGCGACGUACGAGGGGGCGACGGGGAAGUGGCUGGACAGGGACGAGGAGGAGAGCCCCGACGAAUAG